AUGGCUUGGAUUGUAGGGUCUUCCGAUAUAUGCUAUCUGAUUGUAUGGUCUUUCUGUGGGUGUGAUGAGUUUAUUGUGGGUCAAAUAAUGGCACAUACAGAUAAGAAUGAUUUUAUUCAGAAGUCUUUGUGUCACGAAGAGUGUCUAAAGUGUGACGUGGCCAAACGCAUAUGGCUAGAGGGGAAAGCAUCUCUUCACUGGAACUUGGAAAACAACAAACGAUCAUUCCUAUCUCACGCCAUAGAUUCUGAUAUAAAAUGUGAUUCCCUCACCAAUUCGGGAGACAAAUUUUAUGAUGUGGAAACUAUAGAUAUUGUCAAAGAUCUGCCUACAAAGCAGCCAAAAUUUGAUGCCUAUGAAUACAAUUCUGGGUUGGAAAAGAUAAUUUUUUACAAUUCUGAUGAUAAAGAUAGAAAUUAUCGUUACUUUGGGAAUAAAAUUAAUCUCACAAGGCAUGUGUUCAAGACACGUGUAAAGAAGAGAAAGUUGGAUUCAUCCCUCCUGGCUGCUUCACCUGCCGCUCCUUGGUCAAAAUGUGCUGUGGGAUCAACGGUAGAUACAUUGGAUGGCAGUUGCAAGGAUAAGUCUACACUCACGGGCCUUAUGCGCUGUGGAGAGAGGGUAAAUCGUGAUGAGAAGGCCGCGGUGCAGGAAACCAGUCUAAAAUAUGUCUUAGAACAGGCACUGAAAUCUAUAGAAUCGAGGGGAGAUGAAUCAAAACCUCCCUCCAAAUUUAUCUCAAAGGAAGGGGUUAACUUCAAGGGCUACCACCCUUCGGCUGAUCACAACGAACUAUUCGAACAGGCAUUUGGGAAACUGCCAAUGUUUGACAACAAAUAUACAUCACAAACAUCUAGUAGUACACCUUUAGUUAAUGCUGGAAUUGCUGGCAUAAUGCCUAUAAUGGGAGUUAGCGCCACGCCUCCAGAGUCAAAUUUUCCUAUGCCAGCUACGCCCGGCGUUGGUGUCACUAGUAUGCCUAAUACCCCAGUCGGUAUAACUGCUGGCCAAAAUCAAGGCACGCAGUUUACACCUUUCGGCGCAGGGCAGCCUCACCCAACUGCGGAAGUCAACCCUUUUGCAGCACAAUUCCCUAGUGGAAGAAGAAGGGGGAGGAGUAGAAGAUAG